GGAGUAGCAACCGCUAAUGGAAGCGUCAGUAUUACCAGUUGUCGUCACUAGGACAGAUAAUGAUUUUUGUUUUUUCAAAGUAAUUAGAAAAACACUAAAUUAAUUGGAUUUUUUAUGGAAAUAUUGCAUAAAAAGACAAAAUAUGUUAAAAAUAGCUAAAAAGCAUUACUGAAAGAAUCAGUGCUUCAAAUCACACUGUUACCAAACAAGACGAGAUAUUCUCGUGACGUCACCAUGGCCUCGACUUUUCCAAAAUUCCUACUGGGAAUUUUGAAGCAGACGUACCUGUAAAAAGAAGUCAUAAUUACAGCAGAAGACAGAACUUGCUAUACAUGAGUAUAAUCUUCCAUAUCAGUUCACGUUUUCGGAAUAUUUACUCGCCACUCUCGCGGUCCGUUCAGCUAUAAUGUCUCGCCAUGAGGGUGUGAGCUGUGAUUCCUGUUUGAAGGGCAACUUUCGUGGGAAAAGAUACAAAUGUCUUGUCUGCUAUGAUUAUGAUCUCUGUGCAAAUUGUUAUGAGGCAGGUGCCACCACAACCAGACAUACUACAGAUCACCCAGUCCAAUGUAUACUUACUAAGGCUGAUUUUGAACUGUAUUAUGGGGGAGAAGCAUUGCCUGCCGAGCAGGCCCAGUCUUUCACUUGUCCAUAUUGUGGCAAAAUGGGGUUUACAGAAGCAACUUUACAGGAGCAUGUCACAUCAGAGCAUGCAGACGCCUCUACAGAAGUAGUUUGUCCAAUAUGUGCUGCAUUGCCUGGUGGGGAUCCUAACCAUGUAACUGAUGACUUUGCUGCACACCUCACAUUAGAACACAGAACACCAAGAGAAUUUGAAGAGUCAAUAGUGCUCUAUGCUGAUAUGUGUUGGACAGGUCAUCGUGGUCCGUGUCGUCUUUCAUCUUACUUUAAUAGAGAAUACUGGUUAUCCUUGACAGCUUGUGUCGCAAAUGCAUUUUAUGUUGUCAGUGCUGGAAAUGGAAAACUUUAUUAUCGGAACGGGCUACCUCAAAUGAUAUUCUAUCAUGCGCUAUUUCGUUUUUCUUCAUUGGGUGUGUGCCUGCCUUCCAUAGAUCGUAAUCGACCACAACUUCCCAUCUCGUGUGCAGCUGACCUCUGGGACGUCUUCCUUGAAUAUUCUCCAGAGUUAUUAUCUCAGCUGUCCAGCGUUCGAAGUCGGGCUGCUGCUGCCCAAAGUGUAUCCUCCCAGUUGCAGCAGUUAGAAAUGCAAUUGCAGUCUACUAAACAACAAUUAGAACGAUUACCUAGAAGACAAGCUGAAAUUCCCAAGCCCCCAGCUGUCACUACUACUACCACUACACCAAACAGUUCCACAGAACCACCAAGUGCAUCUAGCUCCAAUACUUCAAAUAGCAAUUCACAAUUUUUAUUACCCAGAUGUAUGGAGUUUGCAUUGUCAGAAGGAGAUCAGAGCAUUUUAGAAAUGGACCAUAGUUUGUUCGUUCAAGAAGUUCUCCUAUCAACAUUAGAUGACGAGCUACAACCAUUAUUCUUAGAAAAAAUGAUACAAUUGGAGAUUGGCAGUGGGGUGAACCCUCAAGAAAAGGCACCUAAUAUUGGGGGUGGAAGUGGCAGUAGCAGUGGCGGCAGGAGUGGCAAUGACAAUUCCAGUGGCGGUACUGUUAGUGGUGAGAGCAGCAGCAGCAGUAGUAGCAGCAACGAUACUAGUCUGCAGAAAUCCACAGUGAAAAGUAAAGCUACCCGUCAAAGACCACUAGAGAGUUCCCUGCACAAUCAACCGAAAGGUAGUGGUAGCAGUGGCAACUCGAAUUGUAGUAGUGGAGGAAAUGGAAGUGCUGGUAGCUGCAGCAGCAGUGGGGCUACUAGUAGUGGGGCCAGUUGUGGAAGCAGCAAUAUUGCAGGUGGUGGUACUCAAAAUAUCACAGUGAUCAAACAGAUGUCAGCUUCUUCUAAUUCUGCUUCCCGUAGUGCAUCAGGGACAAGUCCGAUCUCUGCAACUUCUCAGAGUUCUUCACUUACACAAGCCAAUUUAGUAUUGCUUUCUGGUCAGGGGAGCAACAUUGGGCGAGGGUUAAAUACAGGGGGACAAGGGGUGGGUAAUAUGGUUGGGGGGAGCGCCACAUCUCAGGCUCAGUCCAGAUCAACUGGUUUGAGAGAACCUCUUGUCAGUACAAGUUCAGCUAAGAGGUAUAUGCUCAAGCAUUUAGAAGCUACAAAAGCUUCUGAUAGAGAGCCUCCACCACACUAACAUAUAAAAAAAAAAAAAUUCUUGGCAUAACUAUUCAGAAUACAGUUUUGUGGUCUUUAUUUAUUUCCUGGAAGACGUUCUUGCUUUGCUAGAAAACUUUGUAGCGAUUCAUGAGGAAACAUUUGAAAAAAAAAAAAAAUAAGGCCUUUUUAAGCAGCAAAGGCAAUAUAAAGAUGGACAACGGAUUGUACAUAGAUUACUUGAACUGACACCAGAAUCUUUUAGACUUGCUGUGAGCUUUUGUAAAGUUGGCCUGUGAUAUUUGUAUUGUUUUGCCAUUGAUAUGGCCCAAGCCAUGUUAACAGGAAUAAACAAAAUCCACGCUUCUAAUCGGCUACGACUGGUUUGAGGUGUAGUUCUGUCAGACCUGA